GAAAGUUCCAUGCCGCUGUUUCUGUCUCUCUUUUUCUGGAGUUAAAUUUGUCUGCAGAUGCCUGCAUUUCCAUCUAUAGACACCUGGCGUUAAGUUUGUUUGUAACCGGAGCCCAAAGCCCUGUUGCUUUCAAACGCAAAAGCGGUGAAGCCGCCACCGUGAGGCCCACUUUGCCUGGCAGCCCUGAGUCUUUCCAGGGGUCCGCAGUGCUCACGCUCCAAGAAGUCGAGACCACGGGUGUCUGCUGCCAGCCCCAGGAAGCACCAGUUCGGCCACCGUAGGUGAUAAAAUGGCAUAGUCAUGCUCUGUCUUCGGAUGUCCUCCUGACUGCGCUCCUUUCGAGUCUCACCAGAAGUCACCAAUUCCAUCGUCCUCUGCUGCCUCCUCCUAAGCCCCUAGCCCACCAGUCACCAUGGCUGCCUUGAUCGCAGAGAACUUCCGCUUCCUGUCUCUCUUCUUCAAGAGCAAGGAUGUGAUGAUUUUCAAUGGCCUGGUGGCCCUGGGCACGGUGGGCAGUCAGGAGCUGUUCUCCGUGGUGGCAUUCCACUGUCCCUGCUCACCUGCCCGGAACUACCUGUAUGGGCUGACAGCCAUUGGAGUGCCUGCACUGGCACUCUUCCUCAUCGGAGUCAUCCUCAACAACCACACUUGGAACCUAGUCGCUGAGUGCCAGUAUCGGAGGGCCAAGAACUGCUCCGCUGCCCCCAACUUCCUCCUCCUAAGCUCCAUCCUGGGCCGUGCAGCCGUGGCCCCUGUCACCUGGUCCGUCAUCUCUCUGCUACGAGGGGAGGCCUACGUCUGUGCUCUCAGUGAGUUUGUGGACCCCUCCUCGCUCACAGCUGGGGAUGAAGGAUUCCCCUCAGCUCACGCCACGGAGAUCCUCGCCAGGUUCCCUUGUGGAGAGGGCCCUGCCAACCUGUCGGGCUUCCGAGAGGAGGUCAGCCGGAGGCUUAAGUAUGAGUCCCAGCUCUUUGGAUGGCUGCUCAUCGGUGUGGUGGCCAUCCUGGUGUUCCUGACCAAGUGUCUCAAGCACUACUGCUCGCCACUCAGCUACCGCCAGGAGGCCUACUGGGCACAGUACCGCACCAACGAGGAGCAGCUGUUCCAGCGCACAGUGGAGGUGCAUUCAAGGGUGCUGGCCGCCAACAACGUGCGCCGCUUCUUUGGCUUUGUGGCCCUCAACAAAGAUGACGAAGAGCUGGUCGCCAAGUUCCCAGUGGAAGGCACCCAGCCACGACCACAGUGGAAUGCAAUCACUGGGGUCUAUUUGUACCGUGAGAACCAGGGCCUCCCACUCUAUAGUCGCCUACACAAGUGGGCCCAGGGCCUGGCAGGUAAUGGCACAGCCCCUGACAACAUGGAGAUGGCCCUGCUCACCUCCUAGAGUCUGCUUCUUUGCAACAAACCCUCAUGGCAUGCUCACCUCAGUAUCAGAUCUGUUAACUACAGUGUCUAAUUACCAAGUGGCCAAGGGGACAUAAAACAGCUAGGAAUUUGUAAGGAUCUUGUGGACUAUAUGAUCCAGAGAG